UUGCAGUCCAAGAUUCAUCAAACUGAUAAAUGCCGUGACACCUCCCGAUAAAUUCCUUUCCAACACAAAUUCGGUCCAAAUCACGAAACCGCCUCCUCAACUCACAAAUGGAUCAGUUUGGGACGAGCUAUCGAAAGCUGUCUGGAACAAGUUUCUAACAAAUCAACAAACAAAAGAGACCUAUGAGAGAAAAUUGAAUCUGUGGAAGAGCUUGUACGUAUAUCUAAAGACAGUCUACCCACGCUACAGUCUAUUUAUGGUUGGUUCAACGAUGUCAGGUUUCGGAAGCAACACAAGUGAUAUAGACAUGUGUCUAAUUGUGAAACAGAGUGAGAUGGAGCAACGCAGUGAAGCACUCUACCAUCUCUCUCACGUCAUGAACCUCUUCAACGAAUUUGGUCAGUUCAGUCAAAACAUCCAUGUUUCAAUCCAUCCUCAAAAUGCAAUGCUCCCAAUUUCAGAUUUUUUCACGAACAUUGAGUUAAUUCACGCCAAAGUGCCGAUAUUGAAGUUCAAAUCUGUCACCGACGAAUUGGAUGUAGAUCUGAGCUGUAAUAACACGGUUGGGGUUAGGAACACACAUCUGCUCUACUGCUAUGCAAAUUAUGACUGGCGUGUGCGACCUCUAGUAGUCCUUGUGAAACUCUGGGCCCAAUGGCACGAUAUCAACUCAGCCAGAAACACAACUCUAUCAUCCUACUCUCUCGCUCUAAUGGUCAUUCAUUUUUUGCAAACUAGGCAGCCGGCAGUAUUGCCAGUUCUUCAGCGAACAAAUGCCUCGCUGUUCGCCGCACACAUCGAUCCGUCGCACAUUGACUUCCACGCACAAUUGGUGCGCAGCGCAUCGUCAACAGCCACCGGAGCGGCAGCUGACAAUCAACAGCCAAUCGGGCAACUGCUUGUCGAUCUAUUCAACUACUACCAACACUUUGAUUACCGUCGCUAUGCGAUAUCGGUGCGCCAAGGUUGCUGUGUUCCAAUAGAAGAGUGCCGCAAAGUCAGAACUUCCAAAAACGAGCCGCAUCAUUGGAAAUAUCUCUGCAUAGAAGAACCGUUCGACCUGACCAACACUGCACGCUCAGUCAACAACCCGGAAUCCUUCGACAAAAUCCGCAACGUUAUCCACCAGACCUCCCUGGCACUAAAUGCCACCGGGACACUCGACUCCAUCUUCAGACUUGACCUAGGUAACGGCUGGAUUCACCCCCAUACCACUAACAGAUAGUGGUAGACAUACCACUAUCUCACAAAAAACAUUAAUUCAACCCACAAGAAAGCAGAAAAAAUAUGAUAAAACAAUAAAAACCAACUCAAAAAUAUGUUUGUUGUGUACAGGUUAUGUCGUUUGCUGUUAGUAAGUUCAAAACAUCAUCACUUUUUCCGAACUGAGCUCGCAGAGAAAAAAAAUUGACUCAUAAGGUUCUGUGGAAGAUUGUGAUACUGUAUAACAGAUGGGAAAAUUGUGGAACAUAAUUAUAUGAGAGGAUAGUAUAACAUCAAAAAUAUGUUUGUUGCGUACAGGUUAUGUCGUUUGCUGUUAGUAAGUUCAAAACAUCAUCACUUUUUCCGAACUGAGCUCGCAGAGGAAAAAAAAUUGACUCAUAAGGUUCUGUGGAGGAUUGUGAUACUGUAUAACAGAUGGGAAAAUUAUACUGAUAAAAUAAAAUUAAACAUAUAUGAGAGGAUAGUACAACAGGUAAGAAGAAUUUGGAACAUAUAAGGAGUUCAUGUAACAUAUAGAAAGAAUUUGGACCAGUUGGAAAGAUUGUUCAUAGAACAGAUCUGGAGGAUAUUUCAAGAUUUUGGAACAUAUGGAAAGAUUUUGGAACAUAUGAGAAGAUUUUGGAACAUAUGAGAAGAUUUUGGAACAUGUGAAAAGAUUUUGGAACACAUGAAAAGAUUUUGGAACACCUAAAAAGAUUUUGGAACAUAUGAAAAGAUUUUGGAACAUGUGAAAAGAUUUUGGAACAUUUGCAUAGACUUUGGAACAGAUAUAAAGAUUGUGGGGCUUAUAAAAAGAUUAUUGUAGAAAGAAUUCAGAAGAGACCUGAAAAAGGUUUAAAUGCAAGUCCAUAUGACAGGAUUUAUUCAACUUGAGAACACUGUCAAUGUGGAGAGUUAUCAAUUCGAUUUUAUAUACAUAUUUUAUAUUUUAUCAAUUUUAAAGUAAUAUUCAAAUAGAGUUCCCAAUUUGAUUUUGAUAUCCUUAAAUUUUCAAAUUUAAAUAUAUAGAGUUGCCACUUUGAAUACAUCCAUAUUUUAUAGUUUACAAGUUUUAAAAUUAUAUUUAAAUAAUAUAAUAGAGUUGCCAAUUCGAAUCUAAGGCUCAACUCACACUUACGUGACUCAGGUCGAGAAGAGACUCGACUCUAGUCGAGAGCAUGUGUUUCCAAAUGGUGACACUCAGACCAGUCGAUUCUAGUCUCUGCAACUGUCAACAUUUGUAAACACAUGCUUUCCACUAGAGUCCACUCUCUUCUCAGCCUAAGUCGCGUAAGUGUGAGUUGAACCUAAUAGAUUUAAAAGUUAUAUUUGAAUAUUCAUAUUUGUCAUAUGGGCUAGCAUGAAAAUAUUGAAACUCAGCAAAAUUUGACAACACUGAUAUUCUCAACAAGUCUCAACUCGUUUUAUACAAGAGAGAAAAUUCUCGAAAAUUGUUUUGAAAAUCGUAUAUAUGGUAGGAUAAUAAUUGAUUGAAAAAAGAAGAUAUUUGAGACGUAUUGUAUUCAAUUCAAAAGAUGGUUUGGUUAUUGAGAGUAUAAUAUUAUCAUAGAGAAACAAUAGCAUAAGUAAAUAUCCCAUGGUAUAGGGCGUUUAUGUCGCAACUUUUACUGUUAUCUCAAGCCUAUAGUCCACGUAGCUAUUUCCCGUGAAGCUUUAUGACGCUAGUAGUCUCUCAUACUGUGCCGUUCAUACACUCUUACCCUAAAAAAACAGUAAAAAUCGACAGUAAUCGGCUUGAGAUAACAGUAAAAGUUGCGACAUAAACGCCCUCUACCAUAGGAUACCUACUAACGCUAUUGUUUCUCUAUGAUAAUAUACCGUUGUGAAUGAUACAUAUUUAUUAUGAAUAGAUAUCGUUGGAAGUUGAAAAAUUGUUGAAAUAUAUUUGAAGCAAUCGUUGUGAAAGAUAAUAGAAUUAUACAUAGAUUAUUGAAACUUUAAAGAUUGUUGAAAUGUUAUGGUAUAUAUAAUUUGAAGCAUCAUGAUUUAAUUGUCUCAGUUCAUAGUACAGCCUUAUUGUGCGAGGUUUCAUUAUCAAUAUGUGGAUUAUUUUUGUUUGUUUGUUUUUUUUUUGUUCUUGAACAUUAAUAUAAUGAGGAGGAAUUUAUGACAACAGAAACUCUCUAAAUUAAUGUGAAUGAACUAUUAGGCUACACAGAAAAUGUAUUUUGAGAGAUGGAAGAGAAAAUCUCAGUAACGAGCAUUUUGUAUUUGAUUUUCUAGAGAAAAAGUUUGAAAAAUUUGAAAAAAGAGGUUUUUAUACAAGGAUUUGAUUAAAAAAUAUUCUGAGAGAUAGGAGAGGCUAAUCUCUGUUAAGAGUAUUUUGUAUUCGAUUUUCUAAGGGAAAAGUUUGAAAAUUUUGAAAAAAAUGAGAAGUUUUUAUACUAGGAUUUCAUUAUUAUUUAUUGUAUUUUAUAUUGAAGAAUUUGUAUUGAUGAAAGAGUCAAAAAAAUAUAUAAAAAAUGGAAGGCUUUUUAAUACUAGUAUUAGAUUAUUAUUUAAAGAAGACUUUGUAAUGAGUGGAUUGUUAUAUGUUUUUAGUUGUUUGAAACAAGGUUUCAGAUUGUAAAGGUGUCACAUGAUUAGUUAACUAAUAACAUUAGUUAUGUUGAUGACUAAUCAAAUUAUGUUGAAAAUUAUAAAGCUGUGAUUACACCAAAAUUAUUAAUAAAAUGUUAAUAACGUAAUCCUUAUAGAUUCUAUUAGAUUGAAUGGAACUUGUCAAACACAUAUGUUCAUCAUGUGUAUGAUAAGUAAUGCUUAUUCUAAUAGAAUCUAUAAGGAUUAAGUUAUUAACAUUUUGUUAAUAACUUUGGUGUAAAUGCAGCUUAAGAAGUCACAUAUAAAGAGUUGACGAGGAAAAAAGCAAAGUAGAAUCUUCUUCUAUGAAGAAAUUAUCAGUUUUAAUUGAAAGUAAAAAAUGGACCUAGUUUAUUAGUAGUUUCAUAAUUCAAGAGGUAAGACACAUGAAUUUGAAUACUUUGAAGGAAUUGAUAUUUUUUGAAUUAUGAGAAAAAUAAGCUACUGAAAAUUUAAUAAAAUUGUGUUGUAUCAAGCAAGUAUACUUUAUAAUAACAGUAUUGAGAGAUAAAUACAGUUUUAUUGUUUUAAAACUAUUUUGUCACCAUAAGGCUCAACUCACACCUACGCGACUCAGGUCGAGAAGAGACUCGACUCUAGUGGAGAGCAUGUGUUUUCAAAUGGUGACGUCGCGGAGACUAGAAUCGACUGGUACGUCUGAGUGUCACCAUUUGGAAACACAUGCUCACCUCUAGAGUCGAGUCUCUUCUCGACCUGAGUCGCAUAUAGGUGUGAGUCGAGCCUUAAUCUCUAUUGGAAAAUAUUUUAUCCAUUCAAUAUUAUGUUGAGAACAAAUCUAAAGCUGGGUUUACACCAGAGUUAUUAACAAAAUGUUGAUAACUUAAUCCUUAUAGAUUCUAUUAGAUUGAACGGAACUUGUGAAACACUUAUGUUUAUCAUGUGUAUGAUAAGAUAAGUUCAAUCUAACAGAAUCUAUAACGAUUAAGUUAUUAACUUUGGUGUAAAUGUAGCUUGAGUCUUGUAUGGAGAGACUAUAAAUUCAACAUUGAAUCCCAAAAUAAUGACUUGAAAAAUAUCUGACUGAUUUGCAGAAAUUGAUUUGAUGAAAAAAUAAGGAAUGAAAUUUCAAAUCAAAUAAUUUUUCAUAGGGAAGUAAAAUGUACACAAGGAAGUGUUGAUAAAAAUAGGUAAUCAAUGAUUCGAAAAUGUAAUUACAAAAUAAUUUAUAAUGAUUAUACAACACAAAAACCUGGUUCUUGAAUGAUUAAUAAAAUAAAAUAUAGAAUGAUUAUUAUUUUCUGAAAACUUUUGUAAAUUAAAUAGUUUUGAAAAACUGAAGAUUUAAAAUUCAAUUCUGUAACUAGGUAAUUCCAUUUAAUUUCUGUAUGUUCCUGUUUUGUAAAUUUUCAAUAAAAUUAUAUUUUGUUAAAACA